ACGGCUCGAGUCGCGGCGGGCGCGUUGUGAGUGGGGCGCAUGCGUACCGAGCGGCCAAGGCCUCGGGCAGCGUCGGCCUUCCUUUUCCGGGCCGGUUCGGAGUUUUGGUUUGUCGGAGCUGAGAGCAGGCCCAGGCCCGCCGGGUGCCCACUGUUCACAGGAGGAUGUGAAUGGUGGUCAGGAGGAGUAGGAUGGCAGAGCCGAGAGAAGGGGAGCCGCCAGGUGGACUGGAGCUAAAUCCAGAUGCUGCAGAUUUCAUUCCUCGGGAAAUGCAGGAGUCGCAUAAGAACAAAAAUUCGGAGGAAUUUGGCAGAAACAGCACACACACGCCACCCUCAAGACAACAGCCAUUUCGAAGUUAUCGUUGUAGUUUGACACACAGGGAAUAUUAUCAGCAAUCAAGGAAUCAUUUGGAGGAAGUCCCUACCCCUAAUUCUAAAACUGCCUCUGAGGAUCACAGGACUAACCAAAAUAAAGCAGGUAUGCAUAGCUUCCAAAAUCAGCGUCGUCACCGACUGAAAGAUGACAAGCUUUGUUCUGGAGAAAUGCCGUUCACUGAUGAGUCACGGUGGGAAGCUGCUACAAACCUUAUGCAACCAACUGAGAAAAAAAUGAAAGAUUUUGUCAAACAAAACACAACAAAAGAGGGGACAGAUUCAUUGGGACACAGAAAGAUGCAUGACGUAGAACAAGAAAAUUGGCGAGCGCCAGAAAGUCGGGGAGGAGCUAAACCAAAGAAAAUGAACUUGCAUUUACAUAAACCCACUCGAGGAAUGCAAGGAAAACAGGCCUUUGAAAAAAACAGUAGAAUAUUUGGAAAAACUGUCACAGAAAUAACCAAAAACAUUUGCCCACCAGAGGAUAGUCAAAGAAAAGCACUUAAUGAGCCUAGUAGACUGGAUAAGAAUGGUGAAAAAUAUAGUGAUGAAUCACAAAGAAAAUUUCCUAGAAGUAAAAAUAGUUAUAGAGGAUUCACUCAGGGCAAAGAAUAUCAUCUUGACGAAGUGUACAAAGAUUCAAAUGUAGACAGUGUUAGAACAGGUUUGAGUUGCUCAAUGACUGCUUCAGAAUUGGAUGUCAAGACUGAUGUAGGUGAAGAAAGAGUGAAUUCUAAUUUGCGCGACAGAUUGAGUCACCGAACACAAUCGUGGAAAGUGAGUGAAGUAGACAGAAGGAAACGACCGCAAGAUCUGCAAAAAAAAUCCUUUGAUUUGGGAAGAAAGACAUUUUGGAAGAAACAAAUGGAAAUGCACAAGAGCAAGGAAACUCAUACAGGUUUACUGAUUGAACACCUCACAGCUGAGAAAUAUGAAUGUAUGGUUUGCUGUGAGGUGAUACGUGUGAUGGUGCCAAUCUGGAGCUGUCAAAGCUGUUAUCACGCAUUCCACUUGAACUGCAUUAAAAAAUGGGCAAGAUCACCAGCUUCACAGGCUGAAGAUACAAAUGGUGGUUGGCGAUGUCCUGCAUGCCAGAAUGUUUCGGUACGGGUCCCUAACGCUUACAUGUGUUUUUGUGGCAAGGUGAACAAUCCGGAGUGGAACAGAAAUGAAAUACCUCACAGCUGUGGAGAGCUCUGUGGAAAAAAACGAGCUGGAAGUGAUUGUCCUCAUUCAUGUAACAUCUUGUGCCAUCCUGGACCAUGUCCAUCCUGUCCAGCAUUUGUGACAAAAGCAUGUGAAUGUGGCAGAACAAGUCAGUCAGUUCGCUGUGGUCAGCCUGGAACCAUUCAGUGCAAAAACAUAUGUGGAAAUCAAUUGAAUUGUGGAAAGCAUACAUGUGUUCAAGUUUGCCAUACAGGAAAGUGCCAGUCAUGUCCACUUACAGUUCAACAAGCCUGCUUCUGUGAAAACAUUUUUCGAGAGGUGCUUUGUGGGACUGAUGAAGAAUCAUUCGAUGGCAAAGGCUACUUUUCAUGUCGGGAACCUUGUGCGAAGAUGCUCACCUGUGGAAACCAUAAUUGUCUCCAGCUCUGCCAUCCAUCUGCAUGUCAGCUCUGUCCUCGCUUGCCAAACCAGGUGCACAGUUGUCCUUGUGGGCAAACCCCUUUGUCCAAGCUUUUAGAACUUGGUUACCCUGAACGUAGGAACUGCAUCGAACUAAUGCCAUCAUGUGGGAAGACUUGUUGCAAACCCCUGCCCUGCCGUUCUGAUGAUGUAAUUCAUACCUGCAGUGAUCUGUGCCAUGAAGGUGAAUGUGGACCAUGUGCAGGAACUUCAAACAUUAAUUGUCGGUGUGGAUUUAAGAAAAAGGAUGUUCCUUGUGCCAAUAUCACUAAGGAAGCAGAUCUGCUGUUCUUAUGUGACAAGCGCUGUAAUAAGAAGCGUUCUUGUGGCCGCCAUAAGUGUAAUGAAAUUUGUUGUGUGGACACUGAACACAAGUGCCUUCUUCUCUGUGGACGCAAGCUUAAUUGUGGACAACAUAAGUGUGAAGAGCCUUGCCACCGUGGAAACUGUCAGAAUUGCUGGCAAAGUAGUUUUGAUGAACUGACAUGUCAUUGUGGAGCAUCUAUAAUCUAUCCUCCAGUGCCUUGUGGUACCAGACCUCCCGAGUGCAAAAACCCAUGCAUAAGGAAACAUGAGUGUGAUCAUCCAGUGUUCCACAAUUGCCACUGUGAAGAGAAAUGCCCGCCUUGUACCUACCUCACUCAAAAGUUGUGCAUGGGGAAACAUGAGAUGCGAAGCAACAUUCCUUGUCACAUUUCUGGCAUUUCCUGUGGGUUUGCGUGUAACAAACUCUUGCCUUGUGGAAUGCACAAAUGUAAGAAGAUUUGUCAUAAAGGCGACUGUGGUACUGAGGAGCAAUGUAAACAGCUAUGUAUCAUUCCACGACCUGACUGUAAUCAUCCAUGUUCGUCUCCAUGCCACCCAGGUUCACCAUGUCCGAAGGUACCAUGUCAUGCAGAGGUGAUAUUAUGUUGCAGUUGUCAACGAAGAAAAGAGGUCAUGAUUUGCAGUGAAGCUUCCAGUAAUUACCAGAGAAUAACUGCUAUUUCCAUGGCUAGUAAACUCUCUGAUAUGCAACUUGGAGACACUGUGGAAAUCAGUCGACUUGUUUCUAAGAAAGAAAUUAAACAAACCAGAUUGGAAUGUGAUCACGAAUGUGCAACACUGGAGAGAAACAGACGGGUAGCAGAUGCUUUAAAUAUUAGCCCUGCCGCAGAUCCAUUUCACACUCGCAGUUUAGGAUCCAAGUACAGUGACAGUCUGAAGGAGGAUGCAAGGAUGGAUUUUUUCUUUUUAAUCCAGGGCAAACAGCAGAAGAAAAGUCGCUGCUAUCCCCCAAUGAACAGGGAGCAUCGCAGGAUCAUUCAUGAGCUGGCUGAGGUCUAUGGUGUUGAAAGUGUCAGCUACGACAGUGAGCCCAAGCGCAAUGUUGUUAUCACUGCUGUAAAAGGAAAAUCUGUAUGUCCAAGUGUUUCACUGACUACUUUGAUAGAGAGAGAAAUGUCAACUAGACCACCACCACCAAUUGCCCACUACAGGCAACAAAUACCCAAGAUUGACAAUGGAACAAUUGCCCUGCAAAAGCCAUUCAAGGAGGAAGCAAUCAUUGAUUACUUUGAUGUUCAAGACUAAAGAAUGCUGGUUUCUGAUUAUAUUUGGACCACAUAUCCUAUAGAAAUUAUGGGACAAGAAGUAACCGAAUCAGUAAUGAAUAAGAGAGCUGGUUAAGUAAGGAGAGACAGUUUUGUCAAAUCAUAAAUUCAAUUCAACUGAUAACAAAUUGGGAUGCAAAUCUACACUGUAGAAUAUCAGAAUUACAUGGGAAACAAGUGAAAGGAGCAGAAUCAAUGGGAUGAAUUGUGUACUGUGUGUUUCGGUCAGCCUCUGUGUUGCUGCUGCAGACAAUGCUGAUCUAAGGCUUAAUUGUUUUCUCCCUUGGUUUGUGCUUUUGAUAAAUCUGCUUCAGCGUGAUAAUGUUAAAGGUAGUUGUGUAAUUAUUGCACUCAAUAAAAAUGAAAUUACUUUGAACAUA